CACGGCGGGCGUGACUCUAACCACUGCCAAGACCACGUCGGUAAGGCAGUGACCAGUCAAGCGAAAAGGGAGGUUAAGUCAAUUGUUUAAUUUUGAAAAUAAACACAAUUGUGACAAUAAUUUGGCUUUAAGGCCACGUUAUUUACAUAAUAAUGGAUAAGCAAGAAGUUAAGGCCUUUUUCGACAAAACAAUCGCCGAAAAUGAGGACCUGUCGGUGGGGGUUGUUGCGAUAAUGACCCUCAUGAAAAUCAUCGAAAAAUAUCAAGACAAUACGGUUCAGGGCCUUGACGAGAACCUAAAACUGGGCAUUUUGGCAAUAAAAACGUCCGACUAUCCCGUCACCGCGAUAAAUUCCGGUUGCGAACUUUUUAUGCGCUUCAUAACGUUGGCAAAACUUGACUACAAUAGUUUUGAGCAAUGUCGUAACGUUAUGCUCGAACGUGGCAACAUUUUCCUAAACAGAUUGAAACAAUGCCGUGCCAAAAUCGUGAAACUGGCCACAAAAUUCAUAGCUGACGGUUCUAAAGUCCUCACACAUUCACGGUCACGUGUCGUGCUUCAAACUUUGAUUGAGGCGUCACGUCAAGGCAAACAAUUCGAGGUUUACGUCACGAAAUCCGCGCCUGAUAACAGCGGGGACGUCAUGUGCAAAAAUCUGACUAGUGUGGGAAUCCCCUGUACGUUGAUUCUCGACUCUGCGAUUGGUUAUGUGAUGGAACAGGUUGAUUUUGUCAUGGUGGGGGCCGAGGGGGUUGUGGAAAGUGGGGGGAUUGUUAAUAAAGUUGGUAGUUACACUAUGGCCGUUUGUGCUAAAGAAAUGAAAAAACCCUUCUAUGUUCUGACGGAGAGUUUUAAAUUUUCGCGCCUGUUUCCACUAAAUCAGGGGGAUUUACCGCCGGAGUAUAAGUACUCUGCAAGUGCGCGUCAACUUGAUGAGAGGGAUUUUAAGAAAAUUCAUCCCUUAGUGGAUUACACGCCCCCGUUUUACAUCACUCUAUUGUUCACCGAUUUGGGGAUUUUGACUCCGAGCGCCGUCAGCGACGAAUUAAUCAAAUUGUACUUGUAAUAAAUUUAAUAAAUUGACAGUUUGUGGCUAAGGUUACCCCACCAAAUUUUUUAAAAUUUA